GGGAGCGGUUGGGGUGGGGGGCUCCCCCGAGGAGCCGGGUGGGCGCAGGGAGUGGGGGGGCCCCUCGUCCUCGACGCCCUCCGGAGGGCCCGGCGGCUCCCAUGGGUGGCCCGCGACAUGCCUAAGGGGGAGCCGCGAUGGGCCAAGGCGACGACAGCGACCGCAUCGUGAUCAACGUGGGCGGGACGCGGCACCAGACGUACCGCAGCACGCUGCGGACCCUGCCCGGGACCCGGCUGGCCUGGCUGGCCGAGCCCGACGCCCACAGCCACUUCGACUAUGACCCGCGCUCCGACGAGUUCUUCUUCGACCGGCACCCGGGCGUCUUCGCCCACAUCCUGAACUACUACCGCACGGGCAAGCUGCACUGCCCGGCCGACGUGUGCGGGCCCCUCUACGAGGAGGAGCUGGCCUUCUGGGGCAUCGACGAGACCGACGUGGAGCCCUGCUGCUGGAUGACCUACCGCCAGCACCGCGACGCCGAGGAGGCCCUGGACAGCUUCGGGGGCGCCCCGCUGGACAACGGCGCCGACGACCCCGACAACGACGGCGCCGGCGACUCCGGGGACGGGGAGGACGAGCUGGAGAUGACCAAGCGCCUGGCCCUCAGCGACUCCCCCGACGGACGCCCGGCCGGCUUCUGGCGACGCUGGCAGCCCCGCGUCUGGGCGCUCUUCGAGGACCCCUACUCUUCGCGCUACGCUCGGUAUGUGGCUUUUGCCUCCCUCUUCUUCAUUCUGGUCUCCAUCACCACCUUCUGCCUCGAGACCCAUGAGCGCUUUAACCCCAUCGUGAACAAAACGGAGAUCGAGAUCAUUAGAAACGGGACCCAGGUACGCCACUACCGGGAAGCAGAGACAGAGGCCUUCCUGACCUAUAUCGAAGGGGUCUGCGUGGUCUGGUUUACGUUCGAGUUCCUGAUGCGCAUCGUUUUCUGCCCCAACAAGGUGGAGUUUAUUAAGAACUCUCUGAACAUCAUCGACUUUGUGGCCAUUCUGCCUUUCUACCUGGAGGUGGGACUCAGUGGCCUGUCUUCCAAAGCCGCUAAAGACGUCCUGGGCUUCCUGAGAGUCGUCCGGUUCGUGCGAAUCCUGCGCAUCUUCAAGCUGACCCGCCAUUUUGUAGGCUUGCGGGUCCUGGGACACACCCUCCGGGCCAGCACGAAUGAAUUCUUGCUGCUCAUCAUUUUCUUGGCCCUGGGGGUCUUAAUCUUCGCCACGAUGAUCUACUAUGCCGAGAGGAUAGGUGCUAAACCCAACGACCCCAGUGCCAGCGAGCACACUCACUUUAAAAACAUCCCCAUCGGCUUCUGGUGGGCCGUGGUCACCAUGACCACCCUGGGCUACGGAGACAUGUACCCUCAGACGUGGUCGGGGAUGCUGGUGGGGGCCCUCUGCGCUCUGGCCGGGGUGCUGACCAUCGCCAUGCCUGUCCCCGUCAUUGUGAACAAUUUCGGGAUGUAUUACUCCUUAGCCAUGGCUAAGCAGAAGCUACCAAAGAAAAAAAAGAAGCACAUCCCGAGACCUCCGCAGCUGGGAUCCCCCAAUUACUGUAAAUCGGUCCUAAACUCUCCGCACCACAGUACUCAGAGUGACACAUGCCCGCUCGCCCAGGAAGAGAUUUUAGAAAUGAACAGAGCAGAUUCGAAACUGAAUGGUGAGGUGGCCAAGGCGGCGCUAGCCAACGAAGACUGUCCACACAUAGACCAGGCCCUAACGCCCGAUGAGGGCCUUCCCUUUACCCGCUCGGGCACCCGGGAGAGAUACGGACCCUGCUUCCUCUUAUCAACCGGGGAAUAUCCAUGCCCGCCUGAUGGAGGAAUAAGAAAGGGUACGUGCAUGAGGUCCUGUAUCGGCCAGCUAGGGACCCAGAGUUCAGGGGCUGGGGCGGGGCGAAUGCUCUCUGUCUAAGCCUCGGUGCCGGUCAGGUAGGGGGAGGGCUGCCGUAGCAGGGGUGGGCUGUGGGGAGGGCUGGGGGCGGCGGGUGGGUUGGGCAUCGUUCGGUGAGUCCCCGUCGAGUUUCUCCCUUACUUUAUUCUAAAUGGGAAGCCAGACAGUCUUGCAUAAUUCAGGCACACCAGCAGUUCGGUCUUCCGGUUCAGCACUUUAAAAAAACCAAACCCAGCACGACGAAGGAUCUUGGCCACCUUCCAAAGGGGCGUCGACUCGGAUCGACCCUAGCGGAGUUUAGUUUUGUCUGCUGGGAAGGUGAUCGGUUACCAACCCCGCUCUGACAGAGAAGGUCCAGCCUGGAAGAUGCGAUUCUUCACUCUGUUUGACUCCCGGUAGAGCCCAGAGGGAUUUUUCAAAGGGGAGGAUGUGGUCUCUUCCACAAUGGGAGAAGCACCGGAGAUCAAAGAUCUUUCACAACUGAAACACUAUUAUGGCUGCGGUUUCCGAGGACCCAGAUGUAGCUUGGGGACUCUGGGGGUCCAGGAAGAAGUGAGGCUCCGUUCAGUGUUGCUGAGCUUUUUAAGAACAAAAGGAAAGAGAGAAAGGAAAGGAGGAUGAGCGAGGAGGUGUUGGGGAGGAGAUGGAGGAAGAGAAGGAAGAGGGAGAAAAAAGCAGGCCGGGUAUUUUUCAUCCAGAGGUUCGAAGGGGAGAUAGGCCCGCGAGCAGAAAUGCGGAUAUCUUUAUGCCCGGCAGUGUGAAUGGCCCCUGUAGAUUCAGCUGAGAAACGCACCACUCGCUUGAGUGUUCCGUGAGUUUCCGCGCACGUACUUCAUUCAGUAGUAGACCCACGUGAAGAGUUUGCAGCGGGAAUCCCCUUAGGAGGGAUGAUUUUAGAAUGUCCCUGAGCUACUAGAGUGAGAGAUUCCGCUAUCUAAGCUCCUUCCUUCAAAGCUAGUCAGACCCCAGCAUUUUUGUGUGAAAGUAUCUCUGCAAAAGUUCUGCCCACGUAACCCAAGUAUUACCGAGCUCCGUAUUAGAAGCGCCCGGGAUAUUUUCAUGCGGGUUGAGCAUGGCGAAGGCACCCUAGGGGAUCACGAGGGGCCCUUAGUGACCGGCUGGGCAGGGAGAAGGGAACGCCCGCUCCUUAGUUGCACCGUUAACAGAAGCAUGAACCCCGGAGAGAAUGCAACACGGUCCUUCCAGUUUGAGAGCAACACACGGCAGAGUACUGUUGACCCACCAGACGAUGCUGAGAGACGCUUUCUUAUCAUUUGGUGUUCCAUCCCUAGUUUGUGCGACGGAACCAUCUCACCGGGCUGCUUCCGUGCAUGUCUGAAGAGGAUGCAUGUUUCCUCUUCCAAAAGUGCCGGCGGCACACUGGUAGUAUCUCUAGAGCAACGCCUUUUGGUCGUCCCCGGACUCUCGCGGUGGUCCAAAGUGUAAAACGCCCCCUUCAAAAUGAUUAAAAAAAAGGAAGAUGGGAAGCCACCCUCACUCGAAAGAAUAUUCCGAGAGCCAUUCGACACCUGUCGACGGGCUUCGCAUCUGGGUAGAAGCGGCUGCUUCCCUUUCUCAUUUGCCCGGCUUUAAGGUCCUCCGGAACUGCGUUGCAAGCGAUACUACUUUCAGAAAGCAUGUCCGUGCAUGCCGAUGACCUGGCUUCAGAGUGGAUCUCCUCCCUAGCCCAUUCUGUUGCUGAUCCAAUGCCGAACUCUGAAUUUCCCUCCCAGACGGAGGCUGUGAAAAGUCAAGGAACCAAAACAGUAGCCCCGACGAAGGAGGGGAAGUGCUCAGCGCCUAGGACCUGAGCAUAGCUUUAGAGCCUAUGGAUCGGGAGCAGAGAAUGGUCUAAAAAUGCUUUAUUCCUAAUCCGCCUACGCUGUGUUACGUGCCACCCGGGUGUCCAAGUCUGAAGAUGUUUCGUCUCUCGGUAGCCUGGUGUCGCUGAUGACACUGGACAUCCUUAAAUAAGCCCGAGAUGGCACCGGGAGGGGCUUCUGAAGUGGGGGGCCAGGGAGGUUGCGUAUGCUUUGCAUGGUAUCGGUUUAGGGGAAUCAAGACAGUGCAUCGGGAUGUAGAGGUGUCCUUUCGGUGGGGCCUCUUCCCACCGGUGGACACUUAACUAGGCUACUGACGGGAUGGGCUAGCGUCCAGUCGACGCUGAAACUUGCCGACGACCGAAGACUCGCUUUUCUCGGGAUAUUUUUGAGCCACAGGGCACCUGCAGGAGUUUGGGUGGACGAUCAGAGUAAGAUCAAAUUUUGCAUGGGCACCGGUUAGAGGUCGAAAGCAACGCUCAGAUACCCAGUAGAGAGUAUGGGACUCUGAGUCUGGCUGUGACUGCAUGGAAAAAAAAUUAAUAAUCCCAUUGAAGAAGCAUAUGGCUGCCUCUGCAUGUAGCUAGUCUACUUUUUUCUCCUUCCCGUGAAACUAAAUACCGAGAGUGAUAUGCAAGAGCAGGAAAGAAGUUCAAGUGUUGAUUGUAUUCUUUACAUGCAGAUCUUUGCAAAGAAAGCCCUGUCAUUGCUAAGUAUAUGCCAACAGAGGCAGUCAGAGUGACUUGACAAGGCGAGAUGGCACUGGACAUUGAUGGCUAAUAAACACCGGGGUGGAACUGUGCCAGGCUUAGAAGAUCUCCUCAUUUGGACAAAGUAAACUCGCUCCAUUCAGAUUUUCAGGAUGAUUCAACGUGGUUUUGGAGUUGUACUAGGAUGCAGGCUUUUUCUACGGCCAAAACGGAACAAACUGUAGAUGAUUUCUUUUUUCUUUUCUGUUUGGGGCAGGGGGGGAGGGGGGCGGAGGGGCGAGGGAUCUGUAGCAUGACUUGCAUGAAGUAAACAGAAAAAAACAACAAAAACCCUGCAAUUGUAACGAUUAACUUGAGAAAAAAGCAAAAGUUAUAUAUUUUCUUUCAAAGCUCUUUACUUUUACAGACGUUGUGUAGCCGAAAUGUAAAGCAUUUAUAAAUCUGUACAAUUUCUUUGCUAUGGAUUGCUUCUCUUUUGUAUACGAGAUAGAGAGUGAUGGUUUUCAAAAGUGCAGUCAGAUAGUCAAUGGUCAUAUUGACCAUGCUUUCAUAACUCAUCACACAAGGAAAUCCAGAACUUGGGCCCAACUAGAAUUGUGUAAAUUUACCCACCCUUUCUGUUCCUCUCUGGUUUUGUUGGCAUGCUUGUAACACCCCGUUCUUCUCUCUCUGGGCUCUUGACAAGAGCUGCUCUAGGCUUAUUUCCCAGCUCGGGUUCUGCUGUAUUUUAUCGGUGUAUAGAUCUAACGUGAACACCCUUCAUCACGAAGUAUUCAAUACUCGAUAUGGAUUUUUAAAGUGUUCUUUUAAAACUGGGACUUAUAGGACAAAAAAAAAAUCAGGAGAAUAAUCAAGUAUAAACUUGUCUCAAAGUUUAAGCAACAACAGCAUUGUAUGCAAUUUAGAACUUCGGAGUAAAAUGCAUGCACAAUGUUAUGCAAAGCAAUUCAAGCAUGAAAUAAAUUUUGUAACAUGGUUUCAGUGCCUGCUGUAUAGUCUAAAGCAGAUUUUUUUCCCCCCGCCCCCCGGAAGUAAACAGGGGUUUUUCCCGAGACAUGUUUCUGAAUCUUGAAUAAAUGAAGCAUUCCCAACAGAAAUGGAGGACAGCAGUUUGGCAUUGGUCUUAAUGCUAUAAAAUUCCAGGGGCGGAAUGAGACUUCCCACACCCGUGUUCGCUUUACAGGAGGAACACAACAGCUAGAGCUUUCCGAUGGUGCCCGACCUUCCCUGGAAAGGUCAAACCAAUCCCUUCUUUUCCCUCCCUUGACCUCCAGAAUAAAAGUUGGAAUUUUUAGUG